AUGGAAUCAACAACAACUAACAGUAAUAGCACUUCAACCAAUGGUCCACAAAUCGUUGAUAAGAAUUUCAACUUUGUCAUAAAUGAAAAUCUCUCAACACAAGAUAUUCUCGAUCAAUAUAAGAAACAUAUUGAAGAAAGAACCUAUCACCACUUUGGUUAUCCUUACAAUUUGAGUUAUAAUCAUGAAGAAUUGUCACCAUUCUUACGUUAUUCAGUUAACAAUUUGGGUGAUCCUUUUGUUGAAUCAAAUUAUGGUGUUCACUCUAGAGCUUUUGAACAAUCUGUUUUGGAAUUCUUUGCCAAGUUGUGGAAAAUUGGUCCAUGUGAAGAUAAGGACAAUACCAAGAAUUGGAGCCAUGAUGAAUAUUGGGGAUAUGUCACAAAUUGUGGAACAGAAGGUAAUUUGUAUGGUAUCUUGUUAGGUAGAGAACAAUUCCCAGAUGCUGUUUUGGUUUCCUCACGUGAAUCUCACUACUCUGUAUCUAAGGCUGCCAAAUUGUACAGAAUGCCAGAAAUUAGAGUUCCAACACUUUUCACUGGUGAAAUUGAUUAUGCAAUCUUUGAACAAGAAUUGAUUAAGAAUAGAAAGAAGAGACCAAUUGUUAUGAACGUUAACAUUGGUACAACUGUUAAAGGUGCAGUUGAUAACUUGGAUACAAUUUUGGAAAUUUUCAAGAGAACUGGAUACACUGAAGAUGAAUUCUUCAUUCACUGUGAUGGUGCAUUGUUUGCUUUGAUUUUGCCAUUUAUUGAAGAAGCUCUCGAAGUUAACUUUACCAAGCCAAUUGGUUCAAUUUCAGUUUCUGGUCACAAAUUUAUGGGUUGUCCAAUGCCAUGUGGUGUCACAAUUACUAGAAAGAGAUAUGUUGAAACAUUGAAGAGUCACAUUGAUUAUCUUAACAGUGUUGAUACCACUAUCAUGGGUUCAAGAAAUGGACAAGCUUCUUUAUACUUGUGGUUGACUUUGAGAAAGAAGGGAACUGAAGGAUUUGCCUCAGAUGCCAGAAAGUGUUUAGAAAAUGCCAAGUACAUGAUCAAAUUAUUGAAAGAAGCCGGAGUUGGAUGCUUAUUGAACGAUCACUCAAAUACAAUUGUUUUGGAACGACCAAUGGAUGAGGAAUUUGUCAAGAAGUGGCAACUUGCCUGUGAAGGAACUGUUGCUCACUGUAUUGUCAUGCCUAAUGUCAGUAAGCAAAAGAUUGAAGACUUUGUAAAUGAUUAUUUGGAAUCAAGAAAGUCUCACCCAGCUGACCUCUGUAUUGCUAAACAUAUUGGUCCAGUUCACUGCCUCUGUUCUAAAUGUAAAGAUAUUAACCACCAUUAACUUGUAAAUAUAAACUAAAUUAUUUCUGU